AUGGCUACCCGCAAGUGCGCUGCCGUUGUUGUAGGCGCUGGCCCAGCUGGCGUUGCUGUUAUGGGCAAUCUCCUGGAGCGACAGCUGGGAUCUAUUGCAUGGAUUGAUCCCACCUUCGCGGCCGGCAGAGUCCACAGCAAGUACCGUGAGGUCCCAAGUAACACCAAGGUGGCCCUCUUCGAGUCGUUUGCGACAGCUACGCAGCCGUUCCAGAAAAUAAUCGACACGACCCCCUCGCCAAAUGCAUUCACAGCCCUUGCCCAACUGGGCGCUGACAAGACAUGCGCCCUGGGCUACGCUGCAGACAUGAUCCGCGGUCUGACCGACGGUCUGUUGAAAAUGGAUCAAGUCAAAGCAUUCCGAGGCAUUGUUGCAGGAGCCAAUCUCAAUGACGAGUCUGAAUGGACGAUCCGCAUCAAACAGGAGGGCUCACCUGAUCUGGAUAUCGAAACCACCCGCCUGAUCCUCUGCACAGGCUCACACCCCAGCAUUGCUCCGAUCCCGGUCCCCGGAUUGAGGAUCGAGCGCUUGGACCUCGAUCUGAUCCUCAAACCCUCCGAGCUAGCCAAGACCCUAGAGGACCGACCGCUCACCGUCGCUAUUGUCGGCGCUUCUCAUAGUGCCAUUCUUGCCAUUAUGAACUUCAUCAAUCUCGCCAAUACCUCUCACCCCAACCUCCGUAUCAAGUGGUUCACCCGUCAUCCCCUGCGCUAUGCCGUUCCACAGGAUGGUUGGAUCUUGCGCGACAACACCGGACUGAAGGGUUCCGCUGCGGAAUUCGCCCGCAAUGAGCUAGAAGACGACAAAUUAUCCACUUCAGCUGCCGGAAAGAUUCUGACCAAGAUCGACUGCGCAGGUGGUCAGGAUAUUGAGUCAGCUCAGUACUACAAGUACCUCCCCGAGUGCGAGUACAUCGUCCAGGCGGUCGGAUACACUCGCGAUCCAAUGCCCCAGUUGACCCGCGACAAUGUUCCUCUUUCCAUGCAAUUCCAACACAGCACUGGCGGUUUCACUGAAGCUGGCACCACCCGUGUCAUCCCAGGUCUGUAUGGUGCUGGCAUUGCCUUCCCUGAGAGAGUCGUUGAUCCUCACGGCAAUGUGGAGUUCGCAGUCGGCUUUUUCAAGUUCAUGAAGUUCUUAAAGCGGGUCGUUCCCUCCUGGGUCAAGAUCUAG